AUCUGCCCCCGCCUUUUCCGGGGCGGCUCCGCCUCUUCCCGGUGACAGUGACCCCGCCCGUUCCGGUGGUGGCACCGGCACCAUGGGGGUCACCUGCGUGUCGCAGGUGCCGGUGGCCGAGGGCAAGAGCGUGCAGCAGACGGUGGAGCUGCUGGCGCGGCGGCUGGAGGCGCUGGGCGCGGAGAAGCAGGGCACGUUCGGCGUGGACUGCGAGACCUAUCACACGGCGGCCACGCUGGGCACACAGGGGCAGACAGGGAAGCUGAUGUACGUCAUGCACAACUCCGAGUACCCCCUGAGCUGCUUUGCCCUCUUUGAGAACGGGCCCUGCCUGGUGGCCGAUGCCAACUUUGACACCCUCAUGGUGAAGCUCAAGGGCUUCUUCCAGAACGCCAAGGCCAACAAGAUCGAGAGCCGCGGCACCCGCUACCAGUACUGCGACUUCCUGGUGAAGCUGGGCACGGUCACCAUGGGCCCCAGUGCCAGGGGCAUCUCCGUGGAGGUGGAAUACUGCCCCUGUGUGAUCGCCAACGACUGCUGGAACCUGCUGAUGGAGUUCAUGCAGAGCUUCAUGGGCAGCCACACGCCCGGGAUCCCGUCGGUGUUUGGCUCCAAGCACGACAGCACCUACAGCCCCGGGGACACCAUGGUGCAGUACAUGGAGCUCUUCAACAAGAUCCGCAAGCAGCAGCAGGUGCCCGUGGCUGGCAUCAGGUGAGGGGCAUCCCCUGCAGCUCCUGCCUGCACCAGCAGUUCCUCCCAAAUUGUGCCACGGGAGUUUUUCCUUCUGGAGCUUUUCCCCGUUUCCAAGCUGUGCCCGGUGUGAUUCUGGGUGUCCUCCACGGUUUGGGAUUCCUGGAUCCAUUGGUUCUGUGGUUUUUGGGACAGUGUUUCGUGCAGGGAAAAGAGAAGUUACAGACAUCGCUUACAUUUCUAUUUUUUUAUGUCCACUUUGGUGUUUUGUUGCAUUUCAUCCCAAUAAAAGGAUGGAUUUUGGGAGGAGUUGUCCCUGCACAGUCAGGUUUGUGUUGUAAAUUUCCAGCCUUCCCUUGGAUUUGCAACCCAGGAAUUGUCUAAUUUUCCUCUUCUUACCUUGCCUUCAUCCUCUGUGGGUGAUGGGAAUAUCAGAAUCUGCUGCCUGCCUUGGAUCCAUUGGUUCUGUGUUUUUUUGGACAGUGUUUUGUGCAGGGAAAAGAGAAAUGCCACAAAGUUACAGACAUCUCUUAAAUUUUUGGUUUUUUAUACGCACAUUAGUGUUUUGUUGUAUUUCAUCCCAAUAAAAGGAUGGAUUUUGUGAGGA